AUUGGUUUUCGUCGUCGUCUUGCAUGUCACCUCACCUCUCUCCCCUUCGAUACCACCAUAUAUAACAACCUCGCCGGCUAACCCUUUUCCUCCCUACACCCACAAAACAACAUCAUCUAGCCUUUUUGAUCUCCACAUAAUUUUCUCUCUCUAUAUCUCCCUUCCCCUUUCCUUCUUUCUCUUCUCCUCACGUUCUCAUCGAUCCUCUUCUAGCUCAAACUCUCUCUGUCCACGCAUCGAUGGCGGAGGCGCACAGGGACUCGAUGCACACAACGUCGAUGGCGCGGCCAAAGAUAAAGAUCAUCCACAUCAUUGCGCCGGAGAUCAUCAAGACCGACGUCGCCAACUUCCGGGAGCUCGUGCAGCGGCUCACCGGGAAGCCUGCCGGUGCCAGCACGGCUGACAUGUCGCCGCCGGUAGAGGAGGAAGAGAAGCUCACGAUCAAGAAGAGGCAGGCGCCGGCCGCAGCGACGGUGCAACAAGAGCCGAGCAAGAAGAGGAAGGUCAAGUGCGAGGUGAAGGUGGAGGAAGGAGGUUUCAGCGAUUACGACCUUGAUCGUAGCGAGCUGUGGAUGGAUCUGAAACUGGGAGGCUUCUUGAGCUUCUUGGAGGAGGCGGACGUCUUCCAAGGGAUGGCUGCUGAUGACUUCUUGCAGCCUCUCGUCGGCUCGCCGAGGAUGGAUUUGGUUGGUGAAAUGUACGCAUCAUAAUUCACAAGUCUAGUGCUUAAAUUUCUUGCGUAUUGUUUCCUUUUUGUGUCGUGAGGGUUUUUUGCACUUUGGUUGAGUGUUGGGCCGGUUGAAUUCUUCUCUCUUGUAGAUGAACAUACAAGUGUUGGAAAUUCUUGCAGCCUUUGGUUGCAAAUAAUGGUGCGUAUGUAAGCGUCACUGGUGUGGUAAUAGAAAUAGGAUUGGCCAAGUUGGGUGCUACAA